AGAAUUGCACAGUCAGUAUUAAAAAAGUUGUCCGCUUGUUUAGUACAACGGGAAGUUUUCAAUUUGAGGAUAUUUUGUGAAAAAGAACAAAAUGGCUGAACAAAAGAAGGCUCCUUUGAUGAGAAAAGAAGAAGAUUACGUCAAGGCUUUGGAAGGUUUCAUUACCCCCACCGAUCAAGUUGCCUUGUUGUUGGACUACGAUGGCACCUUGGCCCCAUUGACCGAAGAAUUGUCGGUUAUGCCCAAGGAUACCGAAAUCAACAUCAAGAAAUUGGCCGCCAACGAAAAGAUCUUCAUGUGCAUCUUCUCCGGCCGUGAAUUGACCGAAAUCAAGAACCACUUGAAGUUGCCCAAUGUCACCUAUGCCGGUAAUCACGGUUUGGAAGUUGAAUAUCCUUCCGGCAAGAAAUUCAAAAUUGAAAUGCCCGAAGAAUUGUUGGAAAAGCACAACAAAUUGGUUGCUGAAUUGAAGGAAAAGGUUGUGUGCUCCGGUGCCUGGGUUGAGGAUAAGAAAAUCUCUGUCACCUACCACUACAAGGGUGUCAAUGACAAAUUGAAGGCCAAAUUGAUUGAAAGCGCCAAGGGUUUGAUCCAAAGCCAUGGCUUCCAAUUGAUCGAAACUCCCUAUGCCUUGGAGGGCAAACCACGUGUCAACUGGGAUAAGGGUGAGGGCGCCAAAAUGAUCUUGGAAAAACAAUUCGACGCCGAUUGGGCCAAGAACUUGAAAAUCGUCUACUGCGGUGACGACACCACCGAUGAAGAUGCCAUGAAAAUGUUGUCCGGCAUUGGCAAAACUUUCAGAGUCUCUGAAUUGCCCAACUUGAAGACCUAUGCCAACUUCCAAAUCAAGACUGUCGAAGAAGUCGGCUGGUUGUUGAAGGCUAUCCAAGCCAACUAUGAAAAGAAGAAGAACUAAGAAGUUUGCAGGCAGAAGAUAAUGUUUUAUAUUAAUGAUAAUAAUAAUAAUAAUUAUGUUAGAGUCUUUAACAAUAUAAACAAAAAUAAUUAAAGUAAAGCAACAAAGAUAAUACUAGGGGCGGCGGACAUAACUUUUUUGGUACCCAAUUUUUAUUUUCAUACAUAUAUGUAUUUAAUUUAAAUAAAACAAAUUUGUAAUAAACAUCAAAAUAAUAAUCUAAAAAAAUACAAAUGAAAAUAAAUUA